AUGAUUCCUAUGAAGAACGCUGCUUAUGCCCCAACUAAGCUAGUUCAGCAUUGGUACACGAAAGCAAUUCAUGUGGAGGAGCCGGAGAUUAUUGCGUUCCCUAUAGACCCAGGUUGGGUUCAAACAGAUAUCGGAAACCGUGGCGCCAACGCUUUUGGAUAUGAAGAGGCUGCGAUAUCGGUUGAGCAGAGCGUCCAAGGGAUGAUUAAGGUAAUCGACGUCGCAACGAGGGAGACCCACAGCGGAAAGAUGUGGAUGUGGGAUGGCAAGGAAGUGCCAUGGUGA